GAAAGAAGUAAAGCUCUUUAAAAUGCAUCAAUCGCUGUUAUUGGUUUGCCUAGGAAGCAGCAUCUUUUCCUUGAUAUCAGGAUUAUCUUUGACAACAAAAAAUACCUUUGUAACAACCAGUGAUUUUUCCCUUGUAUGCACAGUACAAGGAUCUUUGACAUCAAUUAUAAUCGGGGAUCCAUCAGGAAACACAGCUGGAUCAUGUUUACCACCCCCAGUUGGUUGUGUAUCAGGACCUGGAAAUACAUUGGUAGUAAACACAGCUGGAGGAAAUACCACAGUUACCAUAGAUAUAUUGCAAUCAAAUAUUAAUAUACCUUCUUCAGAGGGAAGUUGGAGCUGCACAGAUGGAACUGAUGUAGGAUAUGCUCAAGUUAAAAUCUUUUCCUACACAAAACCAAUUAUUCAGUCUGAAGAAGAAGUCCCUGUCGAUGGAUCAGUAAUAAGAGUGCUGAUAGGAUGUAUUUAUCCAUAUCCUGAUGAAGUAAAGAUAAGUUAUGUAAAAAAAUCUUCUCCAGAUUUUGUUAUGAAAUCUAGGAAUGAUGUCAUAUUUGACAAUGGAUCAUCAAUAAACUGUGAACAUCCAGAUGCCAGAGCAAUAUCCAUGAAUGGAACAUUUAAAGUGUCAACUGAUAAACUGAAAGAAGACGCACUUAUUGCAGUUACAGUGCUAUUGAAUGGAACUAAACUAGGCGAUACAGAACCCUCUAACUUCACAAUUAAUUCAGAAAAGGGUAUGCUUGUUGCUUUGAUUUUUAAAAAUUUAUUAUUUCAAUCUCACCCCACCCCUAUGGAUGAAACCAGUUAUAUAUAUGUAUAUAUUAGGUACAUGUUUGUCAUAUGUCAUACCAUCAAUUUGUUUAUCUAUAACUCUUUCCUUUUAACUCAAUUUAAAAGAAACUGUUGAUCAAAACUAGUCAAGAAAUUUUUUU